CCGGGCCCAGGGCCCGGGGCCUGCGGGGGUCUCUGCCCCUCGUGGUGAUUCUCGGGGCCACGGGCACGGGCAAGUCCAAGCUAGCGCUGCAGCUGGGCCAGCGGCUCGGCGGCGAGAUCGUCAGCGCCGACUCCAUGCAGCAUUAUCUUCAGGACUUUCAACUCAUGGACCAACUGCCUGACACAUACUAGUAAAUUUCUGUCUUCUGCUGGGGUUGAUUGUCCCACAUCUCAAGGGUCGGGGAGACUGAGGAAACAGGUAGAAGUGCCAAGUCAGAUGGCAGGUCCCAUGCUAGUUCCUGGUUUCCUGGUGGUGUAUGAGGGUCUAAAUAUCAUCACCAACAAGGUCUCACCCCAAGAACAGAGACUCUGCCAACACCAUAUGAUCAGCUUUGUGGAUCCCCUUGUGAUGAAUUACACUGUGGUGGACUUCAGGAACAAAGCAACUGCCCUAAUUGAAGACAUUUUUGCUCGACAGAAGAUCCCAAUUGUUGUGGGAGGUACUAAUUAUUAUAUUGAAUCCUUGCUCUGGAAAGUCCUGAUCAAUACCAAGGGGGAAGCUCUCCAUUCUUCAGAGGAAAUAGGUAAGGGAGAGAAAGUGAUCGACAGGAAAAUGGAAUUGGAAAAAAUGGAUGGCUAUGAAUUGCAUUACCGGCUAAGCCAGGUGGACCCAGAAAUGGCAGCCAAGCUACACCCACAUGAUAAACGCAAAGUAGCCAGGAGUUUGCAAGUGUUUGAAGAAACAGGAAUCUCACAUAGUGAACUUCUCAGUCGUCAACAUGCAGAAGAAGGUGGGGGCCCCCUAGGGGGCCCCUUGAAGUUCCCUAACCCUUGUAUCUUCUGGUUACAUGCAGAUCAAGCAGUUCUAGACCAGCGCCUGGAUAAGAGGGUAGAUGAAAUGAUCGCUGCUGGACUUUUGGAAGAGCUGAAAGAGUUUCAUAGGCGCUACAAUCGGGAGAAAGUUGCCGAGAAUUGCCAGAACUACCAGCACGGCAUCUUUCAAUCCAUUGGCUUCAAGGAGUUCCAUGAAUACCUGAUCACUGAUGACCAGUGCAGUCCAGAAACCAGCAACCUCCUCCUUACAAAAGGUAUUGAGGCUCUAAAACAAGUGACCAAGAGAUAUGCUCGGAAACAAAACAAAUGGGUUAAAAACCGCUUCUUAAGUCGCCCUGGACCCAAUGUGCCCCCGAUUUAUGGUUUGGAGGUAACUGAUGCCUUAAAAUGGGAGGAAUCAGUUCUGGGACCUGCUCUGCAGAUUGUGGGAAGCUUCAUCCAGGGCAAGCAACCUAUAGCCACUCCCAUAAAGUUACAGUGUGAUGUAACUGAGAAUAAACGGAGUCAUCACAGAUGUGAAUUGUGUGAUAGAAUCAUCAUUGGAGAUCGAGAAUGGGCAGCGCAUACAAAGUCCAAGUCACACCUGCACCAGCUGAAGAAAAGAAGAAAAUUGGAUCCUGAUGCUGUUGCCACCUCUCCAAGUCAAAGCCAUUUCCCUGAACCUGAUGAAAGAACUCCAUGACGGGUCCCCAGGGCAGAGGGAUCAAGGGAUUACUUUUCCCAUUUGAGAAGCAGGUGGCCAGCCAGGUCACAGGGUGACUGACCUCAGCGGCCAGAAAACAGUGCCUACCAUGGGAGAGGGAGGAGGGCUGUGAAGAGCAAGCCUUUCCCUCUGGUCGGAAGGGCUUCAUCAUGGACUGUCUGCCCAGCCCUGGCUGUUUGUUCAUGUUGGUCCUUCCCCAGGGGGCUGGUAAUGGAGGGGUAGGGAUAGGGGUUGGGGCAGAGGAGUAUUGAUACAAUCAUGGCUGUUUUUAUAGAGAAUCUCUUUUUGAAAAGAUACAGAGAACAUUUUCUUCACUUUUCAGGAACUCUUUUGUGAAGCUGCAUCUGGCUUUUACCAGACAAAGGCUCUGUGCCUCCAAAGGUUUGGCCACAAUAGUGACUAGGACACCUGGGCUCCCUAAUCAGGAGUGUUUAAUUCGUUCAUUCAUUCAUUCAGCAAACGCUUGAGUGCCUCCUCUAUGUAUCCAUGGCUCUGUGGUGUCUUAUAGUUAAUGAUAGAGUCAUCUGAACCAGUUUCUAGUAUUUUAGCUGGGAAUGUUUGGCACAAUCAAGAAAAUGUAAGCAGAGACCAGGAAAUCUGGAUAUUCGUAUUUCUGAGACUGCCUGCCUACUAAAAGUUGUUUCAUUAUCUAGAUGGGAAGGACCCAGGUCCUUGACUCUAAAGACUUGAAAUAUGAAUGUUCGUGCAUGGGAGACUUUGCCCAAUAAAAGCUGUCUCAUCAUCUGCUAA